ACAAACCCUUGAAAAUAAAAUCUCUAAAAACUUAGGGAUAUUAUAUAAGGCUAAACAAUGCGUGUACCCAAAGGGCCAUCCAAUUUCUCGUUGAUAAAACUUGGUUUUUGGCACAGAAAAUGUCAAUAUCCUUAUCUAUUUAACAAUUAGCUCACCUUAGUGUUUCCAAUUUUGAAUUUCCAUUCGGGUGAAAUCGAAUUUUGGAAUUUUGGAUUUUUUUCAAUUUUGGAUUUUCAAUUUUUCAAUUUCGAAUUUUGAAUUUUCAUUUUUUUUUUUAAUUUUUAAAUUUUUUAAUUUUGGAUUUUGGAUUUUUUUUUUUAAUUUUUAGAUUGGAUUUUUUCAAAUUUGAAUUUUGGAUUUCUUCAAUUUAAAGUUUCAAUUCCUGACUACUAUGUUUUUCAAUUUUGGGAGUUUUAUUAUUUUUUAAUUUCACGCGUUACACAGGUCACCUGUUUAGAUUUCCUACAUUUUUUUGUCUAGUCACCACUAAGGGGGGUUGUCGCGCAUGUUAGUUCAUUCACUUAUUUUCACUCUUUCAGACAAUAGUCUAGAGAAAAGUUCAGACUAACAAAUUUUUCUUGUCUACCCACCACGAAGGAGGGUGUUGCGCAUGUAAGUCCGUAACCUUAUUCGCAAGUGUGUCUUUUUUCACUCGUUCCUCUACUCUUUGAUACACAAUGGAAAAAGUAUCGAUGGAAUAUUCAUCGCAACCUUUGAAUGAUAAAAAAACACACAAAGAGAUCAGCGAUAUUUUUAAGUCCAUGUACCCUGGAGUAAGAGGGUUAAGCGAAAGAUCAGUGAAGAGAUUUUGCAGUAAACAUAACAUGACUUCGCGGAAGUCACAAGAAGAGAUAAACAGAUUGACAGCAUCAGCAGUAAGAGAGGUUGGACCCACGUACGGACGAAAAAUGAUGACGGGCUACAUCAGACAAAAACACAAUUUGAAUGUAAGUCAAAAACGUGUUGCCAAAGCAUUGACAAUUGUCUCACCAGCAAAUCAAGAAAGGAGGAGGACGGAAACCGAGCGGUUGCUGAAUCCAGUGCCAUAUCAGGCGGAUUACUUUGGUCAUAAGCUACAUAUUGACCAGAACGAAAAGGUGGCAAUGUAUGGAGUAACUCAUGUUGUAGCUAUAGAUGGACAUACCCGGUAUGUUACGGCAGGAACAACAAUGGCAAUUAAAAACAACUUUAAAAUACAUGAAAAUAUAUACAUAAAAACCUUGGUAACAUACGGAAUACCUGAUCAACUGCGAGUUGAUUGCGGUAGAGAAUUUUAUUUAAUCCUUGGAAUGCAAGAGCAUUUAGCAAUGCUUCGUGGAAAUCAAGCAAUAGAAUGUUAUCGACAAACAGAAUCCAAGCAGAACCUCCCUAUUGAAAGAUUUUGGGUGGAGGUAAACUGUCGUGUAAAUUAUCCUUUAAAAACAGUUCUUGUAUUUAUGGAAAAUGAAGAGAUCAUAGAUAUGUCAAACGACUGCGUAAAAUUUUGUGUAUCAUUUGUUUCUUGCUUGGUAGCGAGUUAUGGUCUUAAGAUUGUUAUUUCUUCGUGGAAUAAUCACCCUAUUCCAGGCAGAGGCGUGCCGUCAGUAAUUAAAACCAGAAGUAAUGGGAUCGUACCAUUGAUGGCAGAAGUUGUACCAAAUGGAGUAGGAGCUAAAUUACUUUACAUGCAGUGGUACCCUGAAUCGAGGAUUGUCAGUGAUAGCGUGUUUGGAGUCGAUCCACUUUUCAAUUCACCAAGCCUUUUAUCAGAAAGAAUGCGAGAGUUUGAAAGCCGCUAUAGUAUUUCUGACCUUUUUGGAUCUCUAGCGAAUGAAACAAUUGACAAUUUCCGAGAAGCUCUUCUGUAUUUUAUUAACUUAACACGUACAUUACAACUAAGGAUUACAUUAUAACUGUGAAAAA